CUUACGCAGCCACUGGAGAGGGAAAAAAACGCACGAGCGUUCCCGAGACGUCUCCGAGCUUCUGCAAAAAGCGAGAUCUUAAGAAACCGAGAAUGCCAAAUUCAACUGGUUCCACUUCCUCCACCAAAAGCCUGAGGAGAGCAGGCUCUGAACUGGAGCGCUCCGACUCCACCACGUCUCAGCGCUUCGUGGGGCGCAGGCAGAGUCUGAUCGAGGACGCGCGCAAGGAGAGGGAAGCGGCGGAAGCGGCGGCGGCUGCAGAAGCAGCGGAGGCCAACGAGCACAUCGUGUUUGAAGAGGACGACGGGAAAGCGCUUCUCAACCUCUUCUUCACCCUCAGAGGCUCCAAAAGCCCGGCUCUCUCUCGCACUCUCAAGGUCUUCGAGACAUUUGAAGCCAAGAUGCACCAUCUUGAGACCAGAGUGAGCCGUAAACCUAAAGAUGGCCUGCAGGACUUGGAAUAUUUUGUCCGCUGUGAAGUUCAUCUGUCAGAUGUAAAUACGCUCGUGAGCUCUUUGAGAAGGAUUGCAGAUGACGUCAGAACCACUAAAGAGGUGAAAUUUCACUGGUUCCCGAAGAAAAUUGCAGAACUGGAUAGAUGCCAUCACCUGGUGACAAAAUUUGAUCCAGAUUUGGAUCAGGAUCAUCCUGGAUUCACAGACCCUUUGUACAGAAAACGACGAAAACAGAUUGGGGAUAUAGCUUUCAAAUAUAAGCAUGGGGAAACUAUCCAGAGGGUGGAGUACACUGAAGAGGAAAUUGAAACUUGGCGAGAGGUGUACUCUACACUCAGAGAUCUGUACACCACCCAUGCGUGUAAUGAGUAUUUAGAGGCUUUUAGGCUGCUGGAGAGACACUGUGGUUACAGCCCUAAUAGCAUCCCUCAACUGGAGGAUGUCUCAAGCUUUCUAAAAGAGCAUACAGGGUUCCAGUUAAGGCCUGUGGCAGGACUUUUGUCAGCACGAGACUUUCUUGCCAGUCUUGCAUUCCGUGUGUUCCAGUGUACGCAGUAUAUUCGGCAUUCCUCUUCUCCAAUGCACUCCCCUGAACCGGACUGUGUACAUGAACUCCUGGGUCAUGUUCCUAUGCUGGCUGAUAAAUCAUUUGCUCAAUUUUCCCAGAACAUUGGACUUGCCUCUCUUGGUGCCUCAGAGGAUGACAUUGAGAAAUUGUCAACACUUUAUUGGUUCACAGUGGAGUUUGGACUCUGUAAGCAGGGAGAUACAGUGAAAGCUUAUGGAGCAGGUCUUCUUUCCUCCUACGGAGAGCUAGUGCAUGCACUUUCAGAUGAGACAGAGAGACGAGAGUUUGACCCAGAUAUAGUAGCUGUGCAGCCAUACCAAGAUCAGUCCUACCAGUCCAUUUAUUUUGUGUCUGCAAGUUUUGAUGAUGCUAAAGAUAAACUGAGAAUGUAUUCGAUGGGGAUCAAGAGGCCAUUUUCAGUGAGGUUCGACCCAUAUACAAACAGCAUUGAAGUUCUUGACAACCCACUGAAGAUCAGGGGAGGACUAGAAUCAGUGAAAGAUGAACUGAAGGUCCUGACAGAUGCCCUGAAUGUACUGGCCUGAGUUUACGAGUUCAUGCCACCCAUUGCCCUGAUCCUAAAUGUUCACCCUGUGGCAUCUUCUUUCCAGUGUGUCUCAUGUGUACUUUUCUGCUAAUGAUGUUGCUUAAAACAAACAAACAACAUACAAACAAACAAACAAACAAACAAAAAACUGACCUCCUGCUAGAAUUUGUUUCCAAAGAUCUCACUGGAUGUGACUAAUUUCUUGUGUCAAAAUAGCUCAUAUUAAGAUUAUUGGAAACAAUAUAAAAUAUAUAAAUUAUUAGAAUUAAUAUAUGAACAGUUUAAUGUAUGAACAGUGCUUAAUUAAAAAUUUGGGUAUUUUCAAUACAUAAUGUGAAUUCUACUUGCUUACAGAUAAUGAACACUGCCUCGUUUCUCUUUCUCCAUUUGUGAAUGUAUCUAAAAUUACUGAGAAAAGAAGUAAAAUCUGUUCCAGUGCCCUAGUGAUGAUGUCAUUAUUUUGCAAGUGGAUGUGCUUUUAUAUUGCAGUGGAUGACAGCAAACAACAUUUGCUCGAGUGCUGCUAAUACAACAGCAAAAUCAACAAGAUAUACAAUUAAACUAUUUGUAUUGGUCUCUUAACAUUUCUGUCAAGUCCAGAGUUUACUGUCUAAGCUACCAAGAAUUUCCUAAUAAUAUUACAGUUAACUUUCUUAAAAAAUGGUAAAUGAAAACAAAAUGUUUGUAAUUAAGUGUUAAGGUAAAACUGGACCAUUGUUAAAAUGUUGCUCCUAUUGAACAUCA